GGGGGAAGCUGGUUCAGCCUUGUUUCUCGACUUUUGAUUUCUCCUUCGAAGGGCGAAGUGCAAGAGUGUUUUCUGCGUGGUUGGUAGCAGCAUGAGCGGUGCGGGCGAUGACAGAUGGCGAGGUGGCCGUGGGUAUGACCAUGGCCGUCCCCAGGGCCAGCGGCACCAUAGUGGAGGAUAUCGAGAUCGUCAGAGCGGCAGCCACGGCCAUCGGAACCAAAUGAACAACAUGACUGCGACUGCGACGUGGACAGGUCCUCCGAGCGGCCCCUCGCGUGAAGCGCACAUUCCUGUUCGAAGUUUUAACUCUGUUGAACUGAAGGAUGCGCUGAGAAAAGAUUACAAGAAGGGAGGACAGGGCGGUAUGUCGAAGCCACGCUCCCCACAGCCCAUAUACCGAAACUUUCCUCCGUAUAGCUAAUUAUUGGUGGUGGAUGCUUGCUUUGAAGAACCCCAGCCAGUGAUAUAUAGGCCAACAGGCAAAGAUGGCAAUCCAGUUCGACCCAGUGGACCUUGGGGUUCAAAGCGUAUGCCUCCCAGACUUUCCAUUACUCCGGCAUCCGCAUGUCUAUAGAAACACCCGAAAUUGACAGGGGAUCUAGCAAAUUCUAUGGCGAACGGCAAAGAUUUCUUCCUUGAGCUGCGAAAGCAAAUAUCUGUGCUCCAGCAAUCCAAUGUCCAGGGCGGUUAAUACCGCUUAAAGGAUCUGGCAGAACUAGAUAACCUGCACAAACUAGCAACCAUAAUCUUCUGUUGAAGGGGGGCAUCUCUCGGAAAAUAGAGAGGCUCCAUCGACGUGACUGGACUGAAUGAGUAGCAUUUUUAGUCCGCUCUUCCUCGCUAGAGAUAGAACGAAUGGCAUCAUUUCUUUUAUCUCUUAUUUACACUUGACAGUUUUGCGUACAUUUCUGCAUGAAUUCCGUAGAUCAUUUCUUCAAGCCAGGGCUGAGAAUAGUAAUCUGUUUCAUGUCGUGCUAUUCUUGGGAACUGUAGUUUCAGCUUCUCAUGUACGAAAAGAACGGUCUUUCCUGCAGAUAAAGUCCUGAUACAGGAAGAGCAUCGAGAAACAUGUUUGCUGGAUCUGGCCCCAUACACCUGUUCUUUGGUUGAUAUCUUCACUUAUCGCCUUCUAAGAUACUGGCACGUCUGUCUCUGUCUACAUGCGUAUAUUUAAGGCUCACUCCUCUCCGACUUGUGAUUAGUACAUUUUGUCUUCUUCGGGUGCUACCGCAAGUGUUUGUUCAGAAGAUAGACUGACAUGGCCCCUUUACUAAUCGGGCUGUCAUGACCAAAAAGACCAGUUUGAGGGUGCAUGACAACCCUUUCUCCUACUUGUCGAAUGCCUACGACGAUAACACGGGCUGUACGAUCCCGGGCAUUUCUCUGAUGCAUGAUUUAUUCGACGUUUUAGCACCAGACCGGCGGCUAGAGAUCGCUCACCAAGCCAAUCCAAUGCCUCCUUGCACGAGUCAAUGUACAGCAUAAGGUGCCACGACACUAAAAGCGGAAAAAGGGACAUAUAUGCAUACAUAUGAAGUAGUAUGACCAGUUUCAUCAGGGGCAGGCGGCCUCACAGGAGCCCUCUCUGUCCUCUAUGGCACCCUGGCCCGCCCCUCAG